AUGAUAGCAUGGAGACGUGUCGAAGGGACAAGAGAGGAAAGGGGAAAAAUGCCACUUUUAGGCCAAACUGACGGUUGCGAUGCUCGAGGUCCGAAUGAUCAGCAGCCAUUCACUUUCCCCGUCGUCACGAAACAGAAGAUACGACUGGAGGGCAGCGAAAAGUCUGAGAAAAGUGGCAGUGGACUGAAUAUGGGGAAAAAGACAGUGUUUUCUCGCGUCUCGCAAAUCACGAGCCGAGGCUAUUGGUCUCCGACUACACGCUCCGGCCCCUGGGGCUUCGGUUUUCGUGACUUACGCUGA